UCGUUCUCACAGGGCGGCACUCUGUCACUGCUGGAUCAUAUAUGUCCGUAACCAUAUCGUCCGAUUAUUUCUCUUCAAGAAAAUUAUAUCGAGAGUCUCAGAAAAGCAAGGCCUUCACUUGAGGAAUUUCAUCACCUGAUCAAGUGCUUCACCGUUAUAUAACUUCUAUUGGAUUUUUGUCUAUGUCUGUUGUACACUAGUUGAAGACUUGCUAAUUUUUGCCCAUAAUUCUAUGCUCGCGUCACUACGUGCAAUCGGCUUCUUAUCGUGGUUCCUAUUCACGGUCGAAAGCCGAGAUAAGCUCAAUCUGAAGGAGAUUUACGACAAGCAGUUCAAUCAGUUCGAUCUCAACCAAGACGGCCUGAUAGAUGCACAGGAAAUCAGAGGGAGCAUUGGGGAUACAGGAGAGAGGUAUCUGGAUGAGUACUUGAGGAAGACCGACACCAAUCAGGAUGGUGCGAGUACGUAUGCUGGGGAGCACUUAUUCUAUAGGUGGUAGAUUGUGAAACUUGGUAUUAUACUACUAUUAUACGACUUGCCGUAUUCGUAUAGGGAAAUGCUUGGGUCUUCACGUUGGAGGUAUUCGAUACAUAUCCGAAUAUAAUGUGCGAAUCUGUGUGGUUUUUAUUUCGUAGUGAAGAACUCUGAUUCGUUCACUCCGAUGAUAAAUAAGCUCGUUGUUCGAUCAAGGGAUGGUGGGAUCAGUGCUUCUGUCAGUAUCAUGGGAGGAGUUCAUCGGGGAUGCCUUGGCAAAGGACGGCUUUGAGGAGUAAAGUAUACUAUUUAACUUUUAGGUCUUUAGACCCCUUUAUCACUCGU